AUGACUACCACGGUACCUAAGAUCUUUGCAUUCCAUGAGUUUUCCGGUGUUGCAGAAGCUGUAGCAGAUUAUGUGGUUCAUGCUCAAAAUGUUGCACUAACAGAAAAGGUUAAAGAGAGGAAACAAUCUACUUCCAAUGGGGCCAAUGGGCAUGGAGAAAGUAAAGAGUUGGGACGUGUCAAUUCUACCAAGAGCGUAUCGUCUUCCAGAGAUUCUACAAAGAAGAUUAAUAGGAGAAAGGAACGAAGGUUCAAGAUUGCCUUAUCAGGUGGUUCCUUAAUUCAAGUCUUGCACGAGGGUUUAUUGAAAAGAACGGAUGUUCAUUGGAAUAAAUGGGAUAUUUAUUUUGCCGAUGAGAGGUUAGUUCCAUUUGAAUCUUCCGAAAGUAAUUAUGGUCAAGCCAAACGGAAAAUUCUUGAUCAAAUUGACACUGAGAAAUAUGGAUCUCCCAAUGUUUAUCACAUUGACGAAAAUUUAAUUGAUGAUCCUCAAGAAUGUGCAGAUAGUUAUGAAAAAGUCUUGAUCAAAGGUUUUGCUGGUAGAGAUUCUGUUAAAUUACCAAUGUUUGAUUUAUUCUUAUUAGGUUGUGCACCAGAUGGUCACAUUGCAUCGUUAUUCCCUAAUUUCCAAGAAAAUUUACGUGAAAAAUUAGCAUGGGUGGUCCCCGUGGUGAAUGCCCCAAGUGGACCAUCUACUAGAAUAUCGUUAACCAUUCCUGUAAUUUGUCACUCUCACAGGGUGACAUUUGUAGUGGAAGGUGCCACAAAGGCACCUGUCAUUAAGACUAUCAUGGAAAGACCAGAGAAGGGGUUGCCCAGUAGUAUUGUUAAUGAAGGUGCUGCAGGGCGUGUUUCAUGGUUUGUUGAUGAUGACGCCUUGACGGAUGUCUUUGUUACAAAGAAGAAAUAUAAAUUCCAUGAUCCCGUUGAGUUACAUUUUGAUAAUGAAUAA